AUGACAACAGCGGACGACGGCAACGCAGCACCCAGCUUCCGCUUCAAGCGUCGCAAGACCACACACACGAAACGCGCUCGCACGGACGACGAAGUCACGGUAUCGCUCGACACGCAAUCGCCUGAUGCUGUGACACCACCCAUUGCGCCGGAAGCUGCGCAAGAUGAGGAUGAGUCGGUGCCUAAUCUGAAGGAAAUCAUACGGAAUCGCAAGCGCCCUCGCGACCGCCUCAAGGAUGUUGCACGCAGAACAGAAGCGCCCCAGACUCAGCUCGUUCAAUCAGAAGCGCCGCGGCCAGGCCAGUACACAAGUCGCUUCAUUGCGCAGACCGGACAGGUGGUGGAUAGCAGUGACAAACAGAUGACGGUGUACGUAGAAGCUCGCCUGGCUGAACAGAACUACCGCCAAUAUGGCUGGCCCAUUCCCAGACACCUGCAGUCGACCGUCGCUGCGAUUGCGCCCGAUCUUAAGCACACCUUCACCUUGAGCGCCACCCAGGCAACAGCCGCAAGCAGUACGAAAGACGAGAACAUCGAACACAAUAGUCGCGUAGCUGCAGGCCAGGGAAAGCUACAAGAGGUGGACUUAGGCUCACACGCGGCAUCUCGCACUCACAAAGACUGGAAGCAACUGGAGGGCGAGAUGCCAGCCCCCAAAGUCCGUCUGGGCAGAGAUGGGAAACCACGGCGCGGCCCCAAGCGAAGAACCAGCGACGACAUACGGCGCGACCAGAUGGUCGAAGCAGUCCUCCACGAAGCAAAACUGGAGUUCUUCGACGAAGCACCUGUUAACCCCCGCUUCGCUGGCACUGACGACGACAUGGUCGAGCGCUUUCGCACUGAGUACUUCGAGUCUAUCGAGGAGCGGCAGCAGCGAAAACCUGCCUUACCGCCUGGUGCAAAAGACCAACCCAAGGGUCCGAAACUGGGUGGGUCACGGAGCGCAAGGGCUGCCAUGCGACAACAAGAAGAGCUGGCAGCCAAGACCAAGAGGUAG